AUGGCCUUCAGCUUGUAUGUCUUUCAUCUCUUCUAUAAGUUCAAAGUGUUGGUGCUUGUCACUUUGUGUUUGAUGGUGCUAUGGGCCACGUUCAGUUACUUUGUGGACUCCAGACAGGAAAUUUUUAAAGCUAAGAGCAUGGUGGAGGAUUUCAGAAAGGAGGACAGUCAAAAGGAAGAGAAGAUCGAAUCAAUUGCAAAAGUUUCCAUGGUGAAGCCAUUUCAGGGUCACUGCCCAGCUCUGUCUCCGUACCUGCGAGGUGCCAGCAAACUCACCUUCAAAGCAUCUCUCACACUAGAAGAAGUGCAAAAGGAGAACCCUCAGGUAGCCGAGGGCCGAUAUCACCCUACGGAGUGCUCGGCAUUGCAGCAUGUGGCCAUCCUCAUCCCACACCGCAAUCGAGAAAAGCAUCUGCUGUACCUCCUGGAGCACCUCCACCCCUUCCUACAGAGGCAGCAGCUGGACUACGGCAUCUACGUUAUUCACCAGGCUGGCAGCACCAAAUUUAAUCGAGCUAAACUGCUGAAUGUAGGAUACCUAGAGGCCCUAAAAGAAGCGAACUGGGACUGUUUCAUUUUCCAUGAUGUGGAUCUGGUGCCAGAAAAUGACUUCAACAUUUACAUGUGUGACAGACAACCAAAGCACCUUGUAGUUGGCAGGAACAAUACUGGAUACAGGUUACGGUACCAGGGAUAUUUUGGAGGUGUAACUGCUCUAACAAGAGAUCAGUUUUCCAAGGUGAAUGGAUUCUCUAACAACUACUGGGGUUGGGGUGGAGAAGAUGACGACCUUCGAAUCAGGGUUGAGAUGCAGAAGAUGAGAGUGGUGAGGCCGUCUGCUGAUGUAGCCAGAUACACAAUGAUCUUCCACAAACGAGACCACGGUAAUGAGGAGAAUGGAGAGAGGAUGAAGCUUCUACGUCAGGUAUCUAGAACAUGGAAAACAGAUGGGCUCAACUCUUGUUCAUAUAAACUGCUCUCAGUGGAACAUAACCCUCUAUAUGUCAACAUCACGGUGGAUUUCAGCAUGCAGCCGAAGAUCUCGUAAGGGUGGAUACCAGGCAGGUUAUAGGAAAUGGCAACAAAUCCUGUUUGUGGUUGCUUUUACAGCAGAUGACUCUCAGCACUCUGCUUGAAAGAGUACUUCAGUAGCACAGGAGAACGUUUUUCUUCACAGCAUCCAAUUGAUUGGGUGAGAAUUUCCUUUUGUGAGGACUGGAGAUACAGACUGAGCCAAGGGCCAGGUCUUCAUGUUCUUCUAUGCACUUUCUGCUGGGACAUUAUUGCAAAAGUGUCCUUGUUUGGGCUGGUCCAGUGGAAGGAACUAUGUCUCCUGAAAAAAAAUUU